AUGAUGAUUGAAGUAAGACGUGAUUCCAAAACACUUCUCAUUCAAUUUGCUCCGUGCAUCGGCGCUCAGCAGAAUAGCAAACAAACAUCAAUAUAUUUCUUUAUCAUUGGUGAAGUCUUACCAACAAAUGAUCGAUCAGAUAAUAAUGGAACGUUUAUUGCUGUUUGGCGCAAUAACGAUUCGAUAACUCCACCGCAAUAUGCUAAUACGAGUCAACCAAUUUCAUGUGAUUAUUUCUAA